GUGGUCGAAUUAGGGAUGGACAAUAAUAUAUCAUACAAUAGGGUUUAUACUACUCCGGACCUUUCCUUGGUAAUUAAACAUCUUGAAAUCGCAGAUGCUGGCAUUUACCUAUGCCACGGGGAGGAAGGACAGGAAGCUGAGAACAAAUACAAUUACAGAAUCGAACCCGUUUUCAAGGACUAUAGUAUUGUGCACACGGAACAGGGGAACAUAACUGAAUGGGAAAAAUAUCGCGAAAUAUACCUGGCAACGAUUACCACACGGUUCGCUGUCUCUCAAAUGUCGGAGUUGGCUGAAAUCCGAGAUGUUGGAAUUACGCUGCACGUCAUUUCCGAAUGGACACUUUGGAGUCCGUGCGAGCAUUGUAUAGGUAACCGGGGCUAUAAGACGAACGUUGGAAAAUGUCGACUAAAGCGAUUUAUAAAUGCGACAAUUGGAAAUAAUAGCGAUUCAUCGAUAGUCAAGUUCUUCCGAAAAUCACCAAUGUUACCUUGCAAGUCUAUUGUAUUAGAACACGAAUUCCCCGGUGUGAGUACAGCGGUGCGAUAUCUACCGGACUUUGUCUUGAAGGAGCAAUGCAAAAAAUGCGUGGGCGGAAAGAAAAAGAGCAGAAGGUACAGAUACGUCAAGCGAUUCGUGCUCGCAGAAGGAGCUUACCUAACCGUCGUUUGCCCGGAAUCGAGCUUAGAUACGCAAGUGUCCUGGAAAAAGGAUUCGAUUACGCUGGAAAAAGGCGUCCGUCGAUCAUUUCGCAAAUUGGAUCCGAACGUUCGCGUGAUAGUGGACGCAUUUGGGACGCUUUAUCUGAUAGACGUUUCCGUCCACGAGGGGGGAAACUACACGUGCACCGUCGAUAAUGUGAACGUGAUGCAACUGAAUGUUGUCGUUGUCCCGAAAACUAGACUUCUGACGCAAGAAUUUUUGCGUCACCUGGGAUAUUUGGGAUUCAUAUUCUUCCUUUGCUCGCUUUGCUAUUGUAGCGGUUUGGUUCACACGUACCGCCGGAGACAUCAAUUUCAUCAACGAAUGCCGAUCAAGGAAGGAGGAAAUGAAGAAAUGGAAGAAGACGAGGAAGCAUUGCUUACCGAUUAAACACUAAUGCAACACUUACCGAGUGACUUUAAUGUACCGCAAAUAUGAUAUAUCCCGUAGCAAUGUAUUUCUUACUUACGGUUGCUUCGGCGAAACACAUUUACUAUGUUUAUUUACCGACCGAGUCUUUCUUUCUGAAGCGAUUUUC